AUGUCUUCCCCAGCCAUCUAUGUUUCGGACAACGAAGAUGACAGUCAAGGAAUCCCUGUUCCCAGAGGGGACGAAGUCUUCACCCAAAGGGGAGACAAAUUUGGUCCGCAUUUUAGGUCUCAAUCAACAUCUGCUUCCCUUGGUGCUCUUCGUCGUCUUUGUAACAUCCCCCAGGAAAUUGAAUUCUCUCUUCCUAGACCCAACGAGUCUCUGGAAGUGGUGCGAGAGGGUUACUGUUGUGCGUACGAAGUCUAUUUCAAAGGUUGCGGGAACCAGACGAUCCCCCGCCCAACUGUUGACUUCUUGGCCUUCUUCAGAAUCGUUUCCGAGGGUGAAACAAAUUGGAAUUCCUUCACCCUCCAACGCAUUCAUAAAGCGGGGCUCGCCAUUAAAGACGGUCAGACUCACCCCCUCGAUCCUCCUCCCGAGGAGAAAGACGUCUCGAGCCUGAACGCUAGAGAUAAAAGAAAGAUGCAGGCUGAAAUCAAGGCUCUUAAGGAUCAGUUAUCCAAAAUUGGGAGAAAGAAACGGAUAGCUGCAAUCUCCAGGGUUGGUAACUUCCACAGGAAGACCCUCUUGGUCGAUGAUGGUUCAUUAGAAGCGGCCCUGUCGGCCGCGGUGGAUUCUCAUGGAGCCGAAAUCCUUAACGACCCUCCAAGGAAGGCUCCAGAUUCCGAUAAUCUAUCAAACGAAAGACUUAAAACCGUGAGAUUAAGUUCUCCGCCACGAGUCUCUAGCCCUCUACGUUCUGUUUCUCCCUCUUCAGAACCUUUAAACUCUGAGCUCCCUCUUCCGGGAGACAGAGUAAUUUCAGAGGAAAUAGAUGAGCCGAGACCGGAGGCUCCCCUAUCUCAAGGACUGAGUGUUAGGACUCAAAAUCUUUUACCCGCUUCGAUUUCAGGCGGAGAAGCGAUUGGAGACAUCUUCCGAAGUUUCCAAACCAGGGAAGGGGCAUCCCUUCCUCCUUUUUCGGUUUGGAGGUCGAAAAUCUGUCAGAUGUUCGCCAAUCGAGCUUGCUACCUAUCCCAGGCGUUUAUGGAGACUAAUGGAAUGAUCUUCCAUUAUGAGAACCUUCUUCAUCAAGCGAAGAGAGAGACCGCAAAGGCUAAGAAAGAGGUUGACGAACUUAGAUUACCCAACCAAUCUGAGCGACUUGAACGGGAAAAACCACUCGAGUCAUCUUUUGAAAAUAUGAAGAAAACUCUAGCAGCUAACGAACAACGCAUCAGAAUGGCGAAUGCUGAAAGAGAUUCUGCGAGGUCUAAGGUUCUUCGCUUGGAGGCUGAGCUAGAGGAGAAUACGGCUUUAUUCGAAGAAGCGAAUCAAGAGAUCGAGCUUUUAACUAGGAACAGAGUUCGUAAUAUCGCUGAAGCCGAACAUAAUGCUCGAGAAGAGAUGAGGGGAUUCGGUAGGCAACUUAUUCAAUCUGAUUAA